AUGCAUCCCCCCCGUAGGGGGUUGCUGUCACGCGAUGCUUCUCCCGGUUUCCGGUCCGCGGCCUCCGUCCUCUUCUUCCAUCUCCACCCCCACUACCACAGCACUGGCUCUGGGGUCACUGCGGCAGCAGCCGGAGGGACAGAUGCAGUGUAUGAUUGCGGCGACGAGGAGAGCACCCCUCCGAUCAACCCCUUCUACUGGAACAAGAGGAUCCACCUACUAUGCUCUGGACGGGAGUCUGGCGGCUGCGGCCACGGGGUCGACGAGGCCCUCCGCCUUCUCGACCGUCUCCGGUUCCGCGGCCACCGCCCUGAUUCCCUCGUCCUUAACCACAUUGUCCACGGUCUCUGUGACGCUGGCCGCUUCCUCGAGGCUCACAAUCGCCUUCUCCUCUCCGUCGCAUCCGGAUGGGUCCCUGACGACCGUACUUCCAACGUUCUCGUCGCCCGCCUCCUCGACGCCCAUUCCCCUGAUAUGACCCUCCGUGUCCUUGAGCACCUUAUCUCCACCAAGCCUGCUUUCAUCCCCUCAUCUACCAUCUAUAACCGGCUCAUAAAUCAGUUCUGCAUGCUGUCCCGACCAGCCGAUGCCCGGAAUGUCUUCCUUGACAUGAAGAGCAGAGGACACCACCCGAACAUCGUCUCCUACACGACGCUGAUCAACGGGUUUGGACGUGUUGGAGGAUUGGAUGUCGCCCGGCAACUGUUUGAGGAAAUGUUGGCGAGCGGGAUCCUACCCAAUUCACUCACAUACAGCGUGUUGCUAAAGGGUGUACUGCGGAAGAGGAUGGUCGAGGAGGGAAGGAGGAUGACGAACGAGCUUUGGGUGAGAAUGGCGAGUGAGGAGGACUCUUCUAUGAAGAAUGCGGCUUUUGCAAAUCUGAUUGACGCCUUGUGCCGGGAAGGGUUCUUCCACGAGCUCUUCAAGCUUGCCGAGGAGAUGCCACCGGAAAGGUGCGUAAACGAAGAGUUUGCUUAUGGGCAGAUGAUCGACUCGCUCUGCAGGGUCGGGAGACAUCACAUGGCUUCUCGUAUUGUUUACAUGAUGAGAAAGAGGGGCUUAACUCCUAGCGUCGUCUCGUACAACUGCAUUGUACACGGCUUGAGCAAGGAGGGGGAGGGUGGUUGCAUGCGAGCAUAUCAGUUAUUUAAGGAAGGUAUGGAGUUUGGGUACAUGCCUCCUGAGUCCACUUACCAGUCCUUGGUUGAGGGUCUUUGCCGGGUCAAGGAUGUUCAGAAGGCCAGAGAUGUUACUGAUUUUAAGCUCAGGAGGGAAGGCGUUGCUACGACACGAAUAUACAAUAUAUUUCUCUAUGCCCUGCGUCUUGUUGAUAAUCCGAGUGAACAGCUAAAUGUUCUGGUCUCAAUGUUUCAGAACCAAUGCAGGCCUGAUGUGGUCACCCUCAACACCAUUAUCUACAGCUUCUGCAGGAUCGGCAAAGUUGAUGAGGCUUUGAAGAUUCUGAAUGAUAUGUUGCAAGGCAAAUUCUGCACACCGGACGUAGUUACAUUUACGACCAUUCUGCAUGGCCUGCUUGAUGUUGGGCGAAUAAAAGAGGCACUUGACAUUUUUCACCGUAAGAUGCCCGAGUGUUCCUGCAGCCCUAGCACAGUGACGUAUAAUGCUGUUCUUCAUGGUCUGUGUAAACUUCGAAGUGUAGAGAAGGCAGUAUCAAUUUUCCAUGAAAUGGUUCAGAAAUCCGUCAGCGCUGAUAGUAGGACUUAUACUGUAAUUUUGGAAGGGCUAUUGAGCGCGGCCCAGGUGCAUGAGGCGAAGACAUUUUGGGAGGAUGUUGUUUGGCCUUCAAGCAUCCACGACGAUUUUGUUUACGCCACAGUCCUCAGGGGUCUGUGCAAUUUGGGCAGACUAGAUGAGGCGUGUGACUUCUUAUAUGAGCUCAUAGACUGUGGCAUCAGUCCUGGGAUUGUGAAUUACAACAUUCUCAUAGAUGGUGCCUGUAAAAUGAGUUUGAAGAGAGAGGCUUACCAAGUGGUUGCUGAAAUGAGAAAGAACGGACUGAUCCCAGAUUCUGUUACAUGGAGAAUUCUUGACAAACUUCAUAAAGGUAAAAAAAUAGGAGAUACCCCUCGUGUUCAUCCUCUAGUGUUUGAAAACUUCUCACAGCAAGAGGUAACAACCACUGCUGGAAUGCCCACUGGCGACAAUGAAGCAUCUCAAGAGAAGGAAGAUGACUCAGACAAAGACAGGAAGGGAGUUGCGGCAGAGAGUAAUAUAGAUAUGAAUUGUUCCAUUUCCAGUAAUGAAGAAAACAAUAAGUAUGGCAAUAGGGAAGCCUCAGAAAUUAUUCUAUUUACAGAUGAGAAUGAAACUAAGGAAUCGAAGCUGAGGAAGCCCCUAUCGAGGAUUGUGCAAAGGGUGUUUGGGCUUAUGUGA